GUGAUGAUUUUACGACACUAAUACAGUAUAAUAUAUAAAAUGUUGAUAUACAUUGAGAGUUUCAUCACGAAACAUUCGUAAUUAUGAUUAUUAAUGUGAUGAUUUACUGCAAUCAAAAUCUAGUUAGGGAUGAAUGAUAAAUGUAGAGCUUGUGGAAGUGUCCUUUUAUUGAUUUAAUUGUGAAUGAAAUAUUCAAAGUCCGAAUGAAUUUUUCAAUCAAUAAUUGAGCCAGAAUAUGAUUAAUUACUACCUUCGGGGGAGAAUAAGUUUUUAAUCAACGAAGUAAAAGAUGAAUAUUGGGUGAGAACGUAGGAGUAGUUUGAAGAGAAUUUGAAAUUAAUUUUAUAUAAUGUAAAAAAUUAAAAAUAAGCGGCUAGAGUUGGUGAUCAAUUUCUUCCAUUACUUUUGCUCUGUCUACACUCAAGAUGUUUUUAAAACUGUUGGAUGCGGCGCCUCAAGCUCCUGAAGAAGUGGCGUCAGUUCAAAAUAAAAGGAAAGAAAAUAUAUCAAAUAAGAGAAAAUAGAAAUGCGGGCAUUGAUUUGAGAACGAAUUUCGGGCGUGAAACAAUUGUCCCCUUGAUGUAGGAUACUAUGUGCCUAGGGUUAAUAGCUCCGUGUCAAAAUAAACUAUCAAAACCGGGCCAAGCACAACACUACUUGUUAAUCAUUAAUUUAAGAUGGGUAACAAGAAGCAUGUGAGCAUGAGAACAUUCGGGUCGGAAUCAAUAAAAAGUAGACGCGUCGAAACAUUGGCAUAAUUGAUUGAAUUUUUUGUAGUUUAAUGUCAAUGUUGAAAUUGGGAGCGCCUUAUCAGUGGACUAUUUGCGUGGAGAUUAAGAUAUUUCCUGGCAUUAUUUUGUGGUACUUUACAUUGGCUCAGCAGAUGGCUAUUUUCAACAUAAAUUAGCGGGAAAAAGCGAUAUUAGUAUUCAGUUAUCCCCGACCUGUCGGCGGUGUGCCAAUAGUGUCUAUUUUAUUUGAAAAUUUUUUGGCCACAGGAAUGAAGACAACAUAUUUAUCCAUUAUUGGUGUCUUUCUGAUUUUGUCACAACAAUGCGCACAAGGGAUAUCGUUCAAUCUGACUGAAUACCUAGAACAACCGCACGAUACCAUACACGAAAGACACUGGGGCACUCUUCAUCCCUCGUAUUUUCCAUCAACAAAUCGCCGGGACGAUUCGUACCGACCAGAAGGCAAUUACGAUAAUCAAGAGGACAGUAAUACUGUUAAUAACAUUGAAAAAGAAACCCCGUGGCGUCAGUUGGAGAGAAACAACAGGAAUUUGAGACCUGAGUAUCGAAAUUUAUGUGAAACGAGGACUCGGAAGUUACAACUGAGCAAUGACGAGUAUGAAUAUCAGCCGCCACAUUACCAUGAGAUAUACUGCAAGAGUUAUACACUUAUCGAACAUUCUUUGCACAAUCCUGUGAAGCCUUCGAGACAGUUAUGUGCUCAUCCGGGAUUUCAUUGUGUUCAACGAAGCAGGACUGUUUCCGUGGUUCGACGUCGAUGGUUUCAUACAUGCUGGGAGGCAAUAAGUAAAGAAUUUGCUAGUGGAUGUGACUGCAUGUGGCCUGUGGCGAGCCUUGGGGACAUCACUGCGCAUUAUUGAAGGGGAACCAUUGACUGAUUUUCGUUAAAAAAAAAAACAAUUCUUAUUUAAAGAUCGAUCAAGUAUUUUAUCUUGUUACAUUAAUUCCAUGAAUUUGCUCGGUGUUUUGGUAAGAAAUGGAAACCAUCAGGAACUUUUCCAAGGUACAUUUCGCUGAAAACAAUUUCAAUCGAUCAUGAACUGUUUGAGAGGCUAAGGGGAAUAGUGAAAAUUUUCUUACGAUAUUUUAAUCCAAUCGGCGCAAUUGGAACUAGCCAUGAGAGUCUCCAUUUCGUCACGGCCUUUAUAGAAUGGAGGUCGCUCGUUGAUUUUUUGUGGUGGCGAUUCUAAUAUUCCCACUGGAAUGUACCUAAACAUGGAGAUUGAUUGAAAUUGAAUAACUAUUAAUAAAUACACGGGAAAGCAUUCUAUAACUCAAGAAUAUAUGUGAAUUAUCCUAUAAAUUAUCCUGAAAAGUAAGAUGCUUUGUGUAAUUUAAAGAACUGGUCAAUUCAUGGGAAAAAUAGAUGUGUAUAUGGCAGUUAAUAUUAGUAUUCAAAUAUAAUAAAAUCAAAUGUAAUAUGCAAA